UCAUUUAGCUGUGAACGCCGAAAGGAGUGGGAAGCUGGGUUAAGUAUAGCCGGUGAGCGCAUGGUGCUCGACGGUCCACAUAGCGCUUGAAUCUCGAAAGAAAAGGACCUUCUGAACUUUGGUAGUGCACUACCAUGUCCCCUGCAACUGUGACUCUCCCCGGGUACCCUACCCGCCCGUCACAAGCCCAUUCGCCAGCGUAUACCGCUGCACCUCAGGCUCAUGAACACCGGUUAGCUCACAAUGCGCGCCUAAGUCCCAACCGGUCGCCGCGCGAAUUUGUAAAGCAAACCAGAAAUGGUGGCGUGAGUCUUCGGCUCGCGGGCCAAGAUGAUCAAGCCUCGCUUCCUGUCUACGGUUAUGGCGCGUCCGUGGAGGGCACCCUCGACAUUCACAAGCGAGAUGGUAUCACCAGUGUUGAAGUUCAGAUCGAAGGUACCAUGAUGAUGGAAGAAGUGGCCGAAGGCGGGACGACGAACUGCAAACUAUUUCUCAAUAAGAGCAUUCUUUGGGUCAAGGACAGGAUUUACGAAGCGCCAUGCCCGCGUUCACUUCUUUUCAGUCUUCCUCUUCCAACCACUUUUUCAAAUGGCGGAAAAACUUAUCCCCUACCGCCAAGCCACGAGUCACAUUUAUCCGGCCUGCCUGGAUUUCGGGCGAGGAUACAUUAUAGUAUUAGCGCUAUUGCUGUGAAACCUAACAUCAUACCACAUGCCGUGAAGUCGUCCUUAUUGGGGGGCGGAGAUUGGGCCAUUUCGACUCCGUUUGAUUACCUUCCUCGCACUCGUCCGUCCACCCCAUUACCACCACCUCUGGUACCUGGACAAUGGGGAAUAAUCGAGACCCCGCAAUGGAAGGUUUUUCCGACUUUGAUUCACGCAAAUCAGGGAGGGCAUGAUAUUAUGGUAAAGUUAUAUCUCCCAGCCAGUCGAACAUUCUGCAUGCACGAGGCCAUUCCUUUUCAUGUGAUGUUCUCAUCUUCAGCAAUGUCUCUUGCUGCGUUUUUGCCUUUGGGACCAGUGGUAAUCACGUCUCUGAAAACGCAGCAUACCAAAAUACAGUUGUUGAGGCAGACGACUGUUGAUGUUCGCAACGCAUUGAUACUUGGCACUCGCACUGAUAUCUGGAGAGUCGAUUGUAUUGGCGAAGGUGCCUUCAGACACGCAGGCGAUGGCGGUGCACACUGGACUGCCUUCUCAGGAGAGAUCUACAUCAGUCCUGACAUCAAGGUUGGGGGCUUCAAGGCGGGUGGCUUUUCCACCAAGGACUGUGUGGUGUUGACCAUGACUCCGCCCGAUCUUUCUAAAUCACCUUUCAAGGAACUGCGGCUCACGGUUCCUAUCCGGCUUGCAACGGAUCCUUACCCAAGAGAUGGAUCUGGCGUGGCCGGAUACGGCGGACAAUAUAGUCCUCCAUCGAUAUCUUCCUCAGAAGAGCUUGAAGCUACUCCAGAACUCGUUUACGGCUCAUGAUAUCAUGAGGGACUUUGUGGUUUAUCACAAUCAGGCUAGAAUCGCAUCAGUUUCAU